AUGAACUCUGAUAUCAAGUUCACACAGAGCGAGUUUCAUACUUUGGACAAUUUCCAGAAAAGUCUGAAUAUUAUCAAAGUGACAGUCGAAGCACUGUGCCGGCGUGAUGCAAUUCUAUUAACUGCUGAUGCGGCUAUGAAAUUUAUGCUACGUAAAUUAGAUAGUCAAAAUUCUACACUGUCAAGACUUCUCGCAAGAUCAUUGCGCGUGCGCAUUUCCCAAAGACGACUUUCUAUUGCAUCUACUUUUCAGUAUCUCCAAAAUCCUGAAACAUAUUUCAGUGAAGUUGCUACCGCCGAGUUCCCAAAAACCCCAGAAAUGGUGGAGGAAAUUUAUUCACUAACUCAAAAAUUUGAAGAUGAAUCUGUGGUUAGGGAUAUGGAUGAUUUGGCCUUGGAUAAUAGCGCCAGCAGCGAGAAAAAUACAAAUAUGGGAAAUAGAAAUGAAACAGAAGAUGUAGCUAACAGAGAUGGUGGUUAUGGUGAAAAUGAUAAACAUAAGUUAAUUCAAAUUGCAAUGGCAUUGUUUGAAAAUGGUGGCAACCGCGGGUUCUAUUUAGACAUGGCGUACAGACAUUUACUGACCCCCACGAGUGUAGAGUCUGAAAGAGCAUUCUCGUCUGCGGCAUAUACGUCCAACAAAAUAAGAUCGUCUCUCAAAGACAAUACCUUGAAUGCCCUCUGCUACUUACGUUCCAUAUUUCAGCAAUCGCGAUCUCGUGAAUUGCCGUAG